CCCACCCACAAAUCACCGCUGCCUCAUCACCGGCGCAGCUAAAGCAGUAGCAAAACCCCUCUUUUACGCCGCCUCAUUUUGCAGAAUGGCGACACUAAAAGAGAUCUUAACGCGCCGCCCUAUCUCAGCCACGAUCCGUCUCACCGUCGAUGCGGGUGCAGCUAAGCCCGGCCCACCAGUAGGACCGGCCCUGGGUCAAUACAAGCUCAACUCCAUGGCUUUCUGCAAGGACUUCAAUGCUCGGACCCAGAAGUUCAAGCCCGGUACACCUAUGGCCGUCACCAUAUCGGCGUUCAAGGACGGGACUUUCGAGUUCACCGUUAAGUCUCCGUCAGUUACAUGGUACCUAAAGCAGGCUGCUGGAAUUGAGCUGGGAAGUGGCCGCCCUGGUCAUGUAACGGCGUCAACUCUAACCCUAAAGCACGUUUAUGAGAUUGCUAAAAUCAAACAGAGUGAUCCGUUUUGCCAGUACAUGCCCUUGGCGUCGAUUUGUAAGUCUAUUAUUGGGACGGCGAAUUCUAUGGGGAUUAAAGUUCAGAAGGAGCUGGAUUAAAUGAAACUAUUGAACUGUAUUUUUGCUAUUUCUGUAGUUUUUGUACUAAGAUUUGGAAAUGAAGAGUAGUAAAGUUGGUUGAAGUAAUGAUUUUGCUGUUUAAGGAAGCAUGAUAUGAAUUAUGAAUGUUUUCUUAGCAAUAAAAUUAGUUUUUUUUAAGUCCA